UGAACAUGUCGUGUUUCGCCAAAUCGGCACUGUGCCUUUUGGUAGCUGGUCUCCCAGCUCUAGCCCAAUUCCUUCUCAAGCCAGAAGGGGUCACAGGCUUGGAAUCCAAAUUUGGUGAUGGUGCUAAGAUCACUUACAAAGAGCCAGGACUUUGCGAGACUACGUCGGGGGUCAAGUCAUACGCUGAAGGGUCUCGAUGAUAACCAAGACUACCCCAUCAACACAUUCUUCUGGUUUUUUGAAGCAAAAAAAGAUCCAGAGAAUGCUCCUUUGUCUAAAUGGAUCAAUGGAGGACCCGGGAGCUCUUCGAUGGUGACGCCCCCAAUGGGCUUGUUGGUUGAAAACGGUCCUUGCAUCAUCAAUCCGGAUUCAAAUUCAACGAUACUGAAUCAAUAUUCAUGGAACAAUGAAGGAGAGCUCACCAAGUUGGGCCCCAAUGAUCCAAUUCCAGAGCAGAAUGCUACGUUACUGGUCGGAACGUACCCUAGUAACGAGCCGGAAAACACUGCACUGGAUAGUCGUAGUGCUGCAAUUGCUCUUCGGCACUUUGCGCAGGUAUGGUUCCAAGAAUUCCCCGGUUACCACCCAGGGGACUCUCGAAUCAGCCUUGCCACUGAGCCUUAUGGUGGCCGUCACGGCCCAGCAUUUUUCGCGUACUUCGAAGAACGGAACCAGAAGAUCGAAAAUGGUACCUGGAAAGAUGACGAUGGAGACAUGAAAGUAUUGAAUCUUGAUACCCUCAUAAAUCAUCAACGGCUGCCUUGA